AUGCCCGCCAAAUCCACAGACCGCCUGACGGCCUUGACCUUCUACUACGGUCAGAGCCACGGCAAGGAGAUAGACUGCGCCGCCCAAGUCUCCGAGGCAUUGGGAAUAGAGCACAAGCUGGUUGACAUCUCCUUCCUCGGCUCCGUCGCUUGGUACUCUGCCCUGACCAACCCACAGCAGUUCCCCGUCCCGGAGGAUAGGUCCUCGGACCGGAUGGCGGCCAGCAUCCCAAUAACUUACGUCCCGGUCCGCAACACCAUCUUCCUCUCUCUUGCGGCCGCUUACUUGGAAAGCAAUGUGCUCUACGCGCUGGAGGUCGAGGGAGAGUGCCCCGCGGACGUACAGGCCACGCUGUUCAUGGGGCCCAAUGCAAUCGACUACAGCGGGUACCCGGACUGCCGUCCGGAGUACUUUGAGAAGAUGCGGGAGUCUUUGGUCUAUGGCAGCAAGCUGUGGGCUGAAUAUCAAGUGCCUAUGGCAAUCGAAACACCCAUCAUUCGGAUGUCGAAGAAAGAAAUUGUGCAGUUCGGCGUGCAGUUGCAAGCGCCGCUGGAUCUGACUUGGAGCUGCUAUCAGGCCGGUAAUGCUCCGUGCGGACGGUGCGAUAGCUGCGUUCUGAGAGCCAAAGGGUUCCAAGAAGCCGGACUGACCGACCCGGCGCUGCUACGCCUAAAGGCCGGUUAG